CAAAACAAUUCAAUGAGUCGGUAAGUUUGGAACCUACUGCACUGUAGAUACCUUAAAAAAAAAGAAGAAAUUACUGCACUGUAGAUUGGGACAACCACUCUCCAAUGGCGAACGAAACCACCACUCUCUAAAACCCUAAACCACGCUCUUUCUCUUCUUUUCCCCCCAUUUUCGAAUUCCCGCUCUCUCCUUUGGAAGGAAUGAUGUACGGAGAAUCUCCUCAACAACAGCAGCAGCAGCAGCAACACCACCAACAACACCACCAACAGCAACACCAACCACAGCAGCCGGGGCCUCCGCCGCACCACAUGCAGCACGCACCACCGCCACAUAUGCAUCCUCCGCCGCAGUACCAGCAUCCGCCACCUCCUCCGCAGCAUCAACAGCCUCUUCCGGGAAUGGAGUUUCACCGUGGACCACCACCACCUCCUCCGCCAACAAUGAUGCGACAGCCUUCUGCUUCUUCGACUAAUCUCCCUCCUCCUCCCGAUUUUCACCAUCCUCAGCAACCUCCUUACGACUCUCAUGCUGAUAGCUAUGCUGCCAAAAGAAUGAGAAAGCUCACGCAAAGACGAGCUGUGGACUAUACAAGCACAAUUGUCCGAUAUCUUCAGGUUCGCAUGUGGCAGCGUGAUUCAAGAGACCGAACAAUAUUACAACCUACUCCUGCCGCUGCUGUUGACUUGUUGCCACCAGCUGCAUAUUCGGAUAACCCAUCAACAAGCUUUGCAGCGAAAUUUGUUCACACAUCUCUGAACAAAAAUCGAUGCUCUAUUAAUCGUGUUCUGUGGACACCCAAUGGAAGGCGUCUAAUCACAGGUUCACAAAGUGGUGAAUUUACUCUUUGGAAUGGGCAGUCAUUCAACUUUGAGAUGAUCCUUCAGGCUCAUGAACAAGCAGUCAGGUCUAUGGUAUGGAGUCAUAAUGAGAAUUGGAUGGUCACUGGGGAUGAUGGAGGCUCCAUAAAGUAUUGGCAGAACAAUAUGAACAAUGUCAAGGUCAACAAAUCUGCUCACAAAGAAUCUGUACGGGAUCUGAGCUUCUGCCGGACAGACCUAAAAUUCUGCUCUUGCUCUGAUGACACUUCUGUAAAAGUUUGGGAUUUUGCCAGGUGUCAAGAGGAGACAUCAUUAACAGGCCAUGGUUGGGAUGUGAAGACUGUUGAUUGGCACCCUACAAAGUCUUUACUAGUCUCAGGUGGUAAAGAUAACCUUGUGAAACUCUGGGACGCUAAGACUGGGAAGGAGCUCUGCUCAUUUCAUGGUCACAAGAACACUGUGCUCAGUGUCAAAUGGAAUGACAAUGGAAAUUGGGUACUCACUGCUUCCAAGGAUCAAAUAAUCAAGCUUUAUGACAUAAGGGCUAUGAAGGAGCUUGAAUCAUUUCGUGGCCACAGGAAGGAUGUCACUGCACUGGCGUGGCAUCCGUUUCAUGAAGAAUACUUUGUUAGUGGAAGUUAUGAUGGCUCUAUUUUCCAUUGGCUUGUUGGGCAUGAGACUCCUCAAAUUGAAGUUCCAAACGCCCAUGAUAACGCUGUGUGGGACCUUGCUUGGCAUCCUGCUGGAUAUAUAUUGUGCAGUGGGAGCAAUGAUCACACGACAAAAUUUUGGUGCAGAAAUAGGCCAGGGGAUACUGGUCGAGAUAAGUUUAAUGUUGGCUACAACCAAGGCUACGGCGAACAAAACCCUGCUUUUGCAAAUCGUGCAGGUGGGAAUUUCUCUUUUCAGGAACCUCCGACAAUGCCAGGAUCAUUUCCACCUGGAUUGGCACGAAACGAGGGUACAAUUCCGGGUGUAGGUGCUGCGAUGCCGCUUUCCAUUCCUGGCGUGGAUAAUUCUUCUCACGGAGAGCAGAAGCAGACUCAUCCACCUCCUUUGCCACCAGGCCCACAUCCUUCUAUGAUGCCUCCUAAUCAACCUCAAUAUCAACACAAUCCUCAACAAAUGCCUUCCUUCCCCCAGCCACCUCCAAAUAUGCCCCAGCUACAGCCUCCAUCUCAUAUGCCCCUCCAUCAACAUCAUCAUAUCCAUCGUCCCCCUCCCCAAAUGUCUCCUCAAAUGCCUGGAUCUAUGCCGAUGCCACCUACAUCAGUUCCAAUGCCAAUGCCUGGUCCAAUGGGAAUGCAGAAUGCUACAAAUCAAAUGGUUCCACAAAUGCAACAAGGGCAUUUCAUGGGCAUGAACCCUAUGCAGCCAGGACCCAUACCUAGUGGUGGAAUGCCUCCCUCUGGAGGUUUCUCAAACGGCAUGCCAAAUAUGCAGGGCCCACAAAGUACGAGUGGGCAACAAAUGUAUCCACCUGCAGGAACAUUCAACCGUCCGCAAGGUGGACAAAUGCCGAUGAUGCCUGGGCUUGGUCCUUAUCAGCUUUCUAAUCAAAGUGGUAUGCCACAGCCUCCUUUACCACCUGGUCCCCCUCCACAGCAAACACAACAGUAAGGCGGAGUAGACGUGAAUUAGCAUUGUUGAUUAUACCCGUGAAGCAUGCAGUUAAGGGUUCAUGGAGCUGACACCCAGCUACAUUGUCUCUGGCAGAUGAGGGGAAGAGUAACCAAUGUUUGUUGACGCACCGUGAAUACUUGGACUACUAGCUAGUUAUAGGAUGCAACUGAUUGUAAAUGGGUGAGAUGGCUGUUCAACAAGUUUUUGUUUUCAAAUUCCAACUUGUGUCAAGUUCAAAUGAUUCCUUUAACAUUUUAACUUGAGUUACUAUGUAAAAAUUCAUUUCUUUGAUCUAUAAAGCCCUCUCCUCCUCUUAAAGGUUUUUAUUAA